UCCACUUUGAGUCUGUUAAAAAUAGAAAUAAUCGGUAACUAUGACAAAAUAUAUCACGUAUACUUCAAAAGCUAAUAAUUAAUCUGUGGUUAAAAGCAAAUUGCAAAACGUCAAAGGUUUACACAACAAAUAUCAAAUAUUUUUAAUUUGCAGGAUGUUAUUUUGUUAAAAUUUUAUAAAGUCUUAUUAAGUUGUAAUAUUAAAUUAUGUGCUGAAAAGACACUAUUUAAGCAGUAAUAUUUAUCUUCUUAAAAACUCACUCCCGUUAAAUCAUCAAUCUUCGAGAUGAGUGAUUCUUCAGAAUUUACUUCUUUGUUCGCACUGGUGGACAGUCACCUCUCUAAGACCAGCUUACAGUGCACAGAUGGAACACCGCAAACAACUUCGCUUAAUAUCCCGCCGCUCAUGGGUUUGCGUAAUGGCAGUGCUUCAGAGUCUAUACUAUCAUUGCAUACUCGGCCAAGAUUAUUACCCUUACCAACUUUCAGCACUAGUGAGAGCCCCAUACAAUCGAUUCUAGCUCAACAAGUAGCCAAUAUGCUUAUAGCCAAAGAGAAGAAACAGCAAGAAGAAGAACAGGCGAAGAUAGAUGAAGAAAUGAUACGUCUUAAAAUAGAAGAUGAGCAAAAUACUUUAAUUGACCUGACAAAGGCCAUUCAGACACCAUAUGUUCCAGUGCCAUACUUGAAGGAACAAAAAACACCGAGCAACAGUAGCUCACUGGAGUCUUUAUUACAAUUAAAUUUUGCUGACUGUGAAGGUGAACCGAAGAGGACUAAAACACCAGAGCCUUAUCUGCCUUGUAUUAUGGAUAUGUCUUAUAUUUUAAAAGAAAAAGUAAACUUUGCCAAAUGUUCAUCAUUUGGUAAAGUAUUGACAUCACGUUUAAGGAAAGUCCCAGCACCAUAUUUGAGAGAAUAUGUGCCAACUGACAUCAAAAGAUUUGAUUUUAGUACACCGUCCCCAUCUGAUAUCAUAAAAGAAAAUUUAAGAAAACCAACUAUGUCCUGCACUUUUACAAUGGACAUUACAAAGUUUGUGUAGAACAAAUAAACUGUUUAAUAUUACACUAGAUGUAAUAUAUUAAUCUGUAAUAUAUAUAAUACAGUAGUCACGACAAAACAUAGAACAAAAUAUUUUUAAUUUACUUUAAGUAUUGCUCUAUUUAUCAUAUUUUUUUUAAAUUUUGUUAAACUAAGUACUAGGGUUUACUUGUACCCUACUUUUGAAAAAUCAAAGUAGUACUCAGGUCCCAGGUACCUGAGUACCUGACCUGGGUAGGUACUAUAAAUUGUAUAUUCCUGGGUAUACUCAGAUCCAGCUUCAGGGGUAGAAAAACCCUACUAGCUACUUUUAUUUUUGACAUGAUAUAAAAAUAGUGACUAUUACAAAACAACUAGAAAUAUAAGAUAAGAUUGAAAUCUUAGUUUUAGAUUUCAAUUUUAAUUUGUUAAAUAAAAUAAAAUAGUACUGCAGAAACUCAUACAUUCCGUCAUCUGUCCAUCUACGGUUUAGCUCUGAGACUAUUACUACAAGAAAACUCUAAUUUACCAAAAGUAUGAAAAUUACAACAUUAUAAAAUUGACAUCUUGAAUAUUGUUUUUUAUGGUACCUCCCCCACAUGUAAAGUGGGGGUAAUUUUUUUUUACUAUUUUUUCUCAUAGUGUGGUGUAUUGUUGGAUAGGUCUUUAAAAGUUAUGUUAGGUCUAGAAUCACUAUUUUGCGACUCCAUUGGAUCCAUUUAUAAAAUAUUGAGACUUUAAGUGCUAAUUAUUAGAUUUUUUUAAAUCAUUUUAUCUCAGAAAUGGUGGCUUUUAGGAAACAUAUUAAUACCUAUUGAAAAGAUUGAUAUCCUUGAAUCACAAACACCCAUUUUUUUAAACUUUGACCUUUAGUAAUCUUUUUUCCAGGUACUGGAAUAAUGAGGACUUUUUAAAUGUUAUUUAUAUUUUAAAUGAUUUUAUUAAUUUUAUGGGAAUUAAUGUAGAUGCAUAUGUUUAAAUAUGGUUUAAAUUGACUGGGCUAAAGUUAUUGUAGUAUAUACAGUGAGACUUGAUUGUUCAGAUUCAUUUAUUAUAUAUUAUAUAUAUUACAUAUAUUAUUAUCAGAUACAGUUACAAGCCUCAAUAGCUCAAAGGUAAGAGCGGUUGGACUCUACACAGAGGGAUGGUGAUUCAAUCCUCACCCUGUUGGUUGGUAUGGUCGUACAUAUUCUUUAAAAAAAAAAGUUAUAUAAGUAGAUUAUUUUUUAUUGAUUCGUGGUUAUCGAGAUUAAACUCACAGGGACAACCAUAUUUUAACUAUACAAAAUCAUUUUUUUACAAUUGAAAUCUGUCUUAAUUAAUUAUCCAAAUUUUUGAUUGUUGUCCAAAAGUGUCAAUUCAACAAUGAUAUUACAAAUCUAGCUGAUCAAGUUUCCACUGUAUUGUUUUAGUCUUACUCAAUGUAAUUGAUUAGUGUAAGUAAUUUUAAAUAAACCAAAUAAAUAAAUAUAUUCUAA